ACGGGGAAUUUCACGUGGCAGUGUAGAUGUGCAUCCAUUACCCGAGUUUGGGCAGCAGACGCUACCUCCAGAGUUCCUGCAGACAACACAGGAUGCCAUAUCGAAUUACCAUAGCAGCCGCAGCAGUCCAUCUCAGAGUGGGCGGUCAUCUCCCUUAACUGAGAGCCAGAGCUGGCUGUGUGGUUCUCAGGCAGAGUGGACAGGAGGCAAUACCACUGACCGCAGUAGCAUCUACUCUACCUACUCAUGGGGGGAUGAUGAAUUUGAGAGGCAGGCUUCCAAAACUGUGCGACAGUUGUUUGAAGAAAUAGAUUCUGUGCUAUUUGAACAAAGCCAGUCGGGGCCAUCUCAUAUAGUCAACGAGUGCCAAGAAUGGGUGGAGACCUUUCCACAUCUCAGGAUAUUGGGCAGGCAGUUUUUCCCUACGCAAGACCAAGGUUUUGUUGCCAUUGCGUCAGAGACGCCUCGCCCUGCCACUGGCAGUGUACUGGUGGAUGUGACAGAGCAAGACCUGUCUGCUACGACAGAACAGAUGGGUCUUUCAAUAACUGGACGUCAAGUGACCCCCAGGAGUGUACCAUCGGACAGCUUGACCCAUAGGACCAACCCGGACUCUGCUGGGGAAUAUGCACAUUUGGAGGAGGAGGUUAUAGAGCAAGAUGGGGAAUAUGAAGAUAUUAUAGCAAUAGAUUAUAAACAUGAUGAUGAUGAGGGUCAUGAGAGUCGAGUAUAUCACUCCCCGCGAAGACGGCGUCCAGGCUUCCCUCCAAUGACUCCAACUGCAUGUGCUAAGGAUACAAUAGCUGUCAGUUCAUAUGAAUAUAUAUGGUCAGAGCAGGUUGUGAAUAACCUAAAGAAACUGCUGCGGUUAUACCAUGUGCAGUUAUUAACAGAAAAAGAAGAGGAAGAUGAUAUGCCCAUGUUGCCUGACCUUCCCUCACACCUGGGAGCCAUCAUGAAUGACAAGGUGCCUCCAUCCAGGGAAAACAGCAUCAUCAAUGAUAAGCAACUGACAAAAUUUCCACAAAUGCAACUCGAGUAUGAGGAUUCAUUUGUCAAAGGUCAGCAAGGCAAUUUAGACUUUGGACUGGUCAUUUCAUCCUUCCCACUAUUAAGGCGGGAGAACUCAGGGUUUGGGUCUGAGGCAAUGGAGAGACCAGGGUCAAGUUUUAACUUCAACAAACAAAAUCGUCCUAUCAGCAACAUGUUCAUGGGAAACAACUCAUUCCUACGCAAUCCAUCCUCGGCCACAUUCCGUAGAAAACCCCAUCCGCAGAGGCUGGCCCCUCUGGACGGGAGGGCGAAGACGCCUGGGGCUCAGGAGGGAGAGGAGAAGCUUGCUAUAGGGGGUAUCCAAGGCCACCGGCUAAGUACAUUCAACGAAAGGCUGUCGUCACCGCCUCAGGGUGCCUCUCGUGCUUCAGCACAUCCACUGCCACCUAUAGGCUUUGAGAAUAUUGAUGGUGCAGCAUCGCCACAGAAUGCAACAGCAGCAGCAGCAACCAAUGCACAUACCUCGGCAGCUAAUCCACAGCAACAGAAAAAUAACACUACCACGCAGAAGAAAGCGCAUUUUGCUAAUCGUGCCAGCAGUGCAGUGCAUGAUAACAACCUCAGGGCGGGGAAAGAUCGCCUUAAGUCUGCACACCACUUAGAAACAAGGCCAAGUACAACACAUACAUUUAGGGCUGACACCCCUCAUGGUCAGACCCCUAACCCAGCUGUGGCAGCUGCCCUGGCCAAUACUGUCCCCAGUAGAAGAUCCUCAACCCCCCUUGGCUACAGUGGAACUAGGGGAGGGCUACAUUUAGGUUCACCAGCAGGGAGGGAAAUGUUGCUGGGUAUUACAGGGAGUGGAAUCAACCCAAGCUCUGAGGCAGCUCAUGCACAUAUAGACUAUAAUGAAGACAGCCUAGAAGACCAGGCAGUCCAUUCACAAUCAUGGGCACCCAGUCACACUUCUCCAGGCAAUCCAUACAGGAGAAAAACACAACUCAACUCUGUAAGGUGAUCUUAGCCAAAGACUAUGGUCUGAUUUCAUAUGAACCACACGGAGCAGCUAACCUCAGGGUACACGCACAGGAGAUACAGGACACAUUAUUAUCAACUACAGCAGUAGUGACCAUGAACACUGAAUGCUGUUAUCGAGGGCCGAUGGAGACUGUCUUCUGGGUCUUCUGGAAGACAGUCAGAAUUUUAAAGUUUACAUUGAUGGGCAUCUAAUUGUUUUUGUUAGAAGACGGUUAAAAAUGAGGAUGGAUUAACAAGGAAGAUAAUUCGGAAGACUACCAGAAAAUAUUUCUGGAUCCGUCCCUGGUUAUUUGUGAUAUAUACUGAAAUAUGUGCAGCAAAGGAAGCAUGGUAGAUAGAUAUCUCACUGGCUUUUUUACGGAAAACAAUGUCUGUUGAGUUGAGAUCACUUAGAGGUCCAAAACUAAAAUGAAGUGAAGGGCAUAUUUCAGUCCUGUUAAACGAUACAGUUCCAUGGAAAUAAGAAAGCCUGGUUUGUUAGCUUGUGGGCAUUCUGCAUACCUACUCCAUAUGGCUUUAUCCUGCCCUCUGAUUCUGCGUGCCAUACACAGGGUCGAUUGUCACAAAGUUCAGGGGCAUAUCAAGAAUGAUUGUGUCUAUUCACUCAUUGUGAGGAAUGGAAAUGCACCUAGCGCAUUGGUUGCAGCGUUGUUGGGUUGUCCCACGUUUAAUGGUCUCACUCAGGAUAUUUUCAGAUGGCAGCCAAGGUGAUCAUUAUGAAGGAUGUCUAUGGGAUGUAUUUAUAACAAACUAUUUCUGUGGCCAAAACUGCGGUGCUUUGAGACACUGUGAUGUAUUAGCAUUAAUGUCAUGUAUUUCCCUCGCCUUAGUUGCAGCACAAGUAGUGUUUGUGUAUGUUAAAAUGUUUACAAGAGGGAAUUGGAUGUUUGAAUAUUAUGCAAUUUAAAGAUAAAUGUCCUAAUAAUUAUAACAAUAUUUAUGGAUUUCAUGGUUAAGUAAACUCUUUAUCAUUUUUUUU